AUGAAUACGUUGUCCUUAGAAAUGGAAGAAAUAUUAGACCAUGAAUAUGAGGCUCUACCUAACUCUUCUUUGGCGGCAAACCUGAUCGCUGGUGCUUUUGCUGGUAUAGGUGAGCAUACGGUCAUGUAUCCUGUAGAUAGCAUAAAGACUAGGAUGCAAAUAUUGAAUCCAGGAAAACAGGCGAUAUAUACGGGUGUCAUAAAUGCAAUUUCUCGUAUUUCCUCAACGGAAGGAGUGCGAACCUUGUGGAGAGGAGUCAAUUCUGUAAUAUUGGGUGCGGGUCCAGCGCAUGCCUUAUAUUUUGGAACUUAUGAAUUUUGCAAAGAUUUAUUUGGUGCGAAUGCAACGCAAGGACACCAUCCAUUUGCGACCGGAGCUGCAGGAGCAUUCGCAACAAUAGCAAGCGACGCAUUAAUGAAUCCAUUUGAUGUUAUCAAACAACGAAUGCAAGUUCACGGAUCAAAGUAUCGUAAUGUGCUUGAAUGCGCACGAUCGGUAUAUGCAAGAGAAGGGUUGAUAGCCUUCUACAUAUCUUAUCCUACUACGCUCACGAUGACCAUUCCCUUUCAAGUGGUUCAAUUUAGUUCUUAUGAAUAUUUUCGCAAGGUCUUAAAUCCAAAUGGACAAUACGAUCCAAAGACUCAUGUUAUAGCUGGAGGUCUUGCAGGUGCAAUAGCCGCUGCCGCAACAACGCCUUUAGAUGUUGCAAAGACCUUGUUACAGACACGGGGGAAUUCCGAUGAUCUUCGUAUUCGAAAUUGUAAUGGUCUUUUGGCAUCCUUUCGAUUGAUUUACGAACGAAAUGGUUUAAAGGGUUUUUUGAGAGGGUUGAGACCAAGAGUACUAACACAUGUACCUUCAACUGCUAUUUGUUGGUCGAUGUAUGAAUACUUUAAGUGGUUCAUUAUGUCUCACGAUCGAAAUCAAAUACCUGAUAAGCUACAUAUUACGCAAUAA